AAGGCAUGGCUUCUAAACCAGGAAUCCUCACUGAUUGGCCAUGGAAGCCUCUUGGAAGCUUUAAGUACAAGGUGUUGUGUCCUUGGAUUGCAGGGAGCAUGUACUCCAUUAUGGUUAAAGAGUGGGACGUUGUCAAUAUGAUACUCCCUCUCAUGCUAGGGAGAGCGUUGCAGAACCAGCUAUGGAUUACCCUUUCUCGUUAUCGAACUGCCAUAGGCACCAACAGGAUUCUCGACAAGUCUAUCGAAUUCGACCAAGUUGACAGGGAAAGUAACUGGUAUUAUAUACCACUUACCUAUUAA